CUUCUAACUUGACAGAUGUUUCUUCUCCUUCUCUCAGCAUCUGAGAACGAGAGGCGCUACAGAUCCAUGCCGACGAACGGCAUCGGCAGGUGGAGACAUCUAAUCGCCAAAGAGGCGCCAAAGAAAAAGAAAGACAAACAGCAGAUGAAAGCGAUGCUGGCGGAGACGGACACGGCGUACGCGACUCUGAACGUGAACGUGUCGGGUUACGACAUGACGCUGGUGGAGCAUUACGCCCAGUACAUACACAACCUCUGCAACCGGCUCGGCAUCAAGGUGGCAGAAAGCUACGCUCUGCCCACCAAGAGCACGGAGGUCAUGCUGAUGCCGGAGCAGGGCACCAAGAUGUUUGUGGACUCCGUCCUGAAGACGCACUGGCGAGUCAUCCAGCUGAGCAGCCUGGACUCCGCGGCGUGUCCCGUGUUCAUCGACGUCCUCACGAAGAACCAACCAGAGGGAGUCCAGCUCUCUGUGAAGGAGCACACCGUGGCCGACUUCCAAGCGAGGUUCAAAGGUCGUCCAGACCUGGAGGGGCUGAUGGCUCAGAUCAGCAACUAGGACACAAGGACACGCCUCCUUCAGACGUCUUGAUUUUCUUUCUUUAUUCUCUGACAUUUCUUUACUGAAUGCCGUGAAACGUGAUAAUUUGCAUCGAAAAUAUUAAAUAAUAACUUUACACAUUCA